GUCGUCAUGAGCUUCUUGAAAGAAUUGGCGUAAGUGCUGACAAAGUGGCACGCAAUGGUCACGCAUUAGCACUAACAGAGCUGUCACUUAAGUAUCUAGCACCUCUAAGGAGUGGAGAUAUAUUCGUCGUGAAGGUGCGAAUAUCCGACUCUUCAGCGGCGCGUUUGUUUUUCGAACACUUCAUCUUCAAGCUUCCAGAUCAAGAGCCCAUCUUGGAGGCAAGAGGAAUAGCAGUUUGGCUUAAUAAAAGUUACCGCCCUGUCCGAAUUCCUCCAGAGUUCAGAUCAAAAUUUGUUCAGUUCAUUCGCCUGGAGGCAUCUAACUAAUGUACUUGUCAACCUAAUGUCGCUUGGACACUUCAAAAUGUCAAUGGGUUUGUGUCAAAUCCUUCAAAAGUGGUGGAUUUUUGAAGGAUUUGAUACGGAUGCGGCGACAUGUUUGGAAAGUUUGAGCAACAUAGUUGUCAACAAAAUCCGUGAGUUCUUUUGAUUAAACAUUUUUUUGAGGUGAAAAUUUGCACUAUUUUUGUGUUCGCCAAAAGAUCUAGCAAUGUAUAUACUAUCCUAGUUAAUUCGCUUUUGGUCCAUCAUCUUUUAAUAAAUUCUGAACUUAGUCCUUGUCUCUCUACGUUUGCAAGGUAGAGGUGACAUUGUGUACACCGCCCUCCCCAGACCCUACUUGUAAGAAUAUAUUGGGUAUAUUGUUGCUUCGUUUUAAUAUCUAUAGCACAUUUUAUCUUCAA